GGGAGUGUAGGGGCGGAAGGGUAGCACCCCGGUGCGGUCGCCUCAUCCUCCUCUUUUUCCUCCUGCUUGGUUGCCUAGUAACGCCCGCGGUGGAGAGUACCUUGAGCGCGCGCUCCCGACCACCGCGUUCGCGAGCGAGCAUCUGCAGCGUGCGCGCGCUUUACGCUUUUUUACACGCCAGUCAAAGAGACAUGAACGUUCAUUUACAGUAACCAUCUUCAUCAUCAUCAGAAACACCAUCUUCAUCAUCGCUGAGGAUAUCAAGAUCGAGGGUCGCAGGAGGAGAAACAUGGCGCGGAUGAGAUGAGAUGAGAUGAGAUGAGAAUACGGUGAGCGCGAGACCGAGAGAUCCGGCAGGUGUGUACAGAGUACAGAGUGGGAUGGCAUUUGCACUGUAAAAAGAAGAUAGACUGUGUGUGAGUGUACGUGUGUGAAUGUGACUGGGUGUGAGAUCAUGUGGUACACACACCUGCUCUGGCGACCUGAGACCUUCGCCUUGCUUUCAUGGUUGCCAUGGUGGUACAUCUCCAUGGCAACAGCCGUGACCUUCCAGCCUACAGUGAACACUGCUCAGGGUCGUCUGCGUGGGAUGCGCAUUGCCGUGGCGACAGAAGGACUCCGCCCCGUGGAUCAGUACCUGGGCGUGCCUUAUGCAGCCCCACCCACAGGUGUGCGUAGAUUCGCGGUCCCUGAACCCCCUACGGCAUGGGGAGGCGUGCGUAAUGCUACACGUUUCGCUCCUGUGUGCCCUCAGAGCGCCCGCGGUAACGUACACGACAUCACCGCGCCCGUGUGGGCCACCUUCAACCUGGACACCAUGGCAACCUACCUGCAGGAGCAGAGCGAAGACUGUCUCUACCUCAACCUGUACAUCCCCACACGGGAGAGGAGCGGGCCGAAGCGGGCGGGGGAGGAGGCAGAGGAAGAUGUGUUGCGUGACGCACGUGAGGAUCCGUGGCCUGUAAUGUUGUUUAUUCACGGUGGCUCUUACAUGGAUGGAACAGGAAACAUCAUGGACGGCAGUGUGCUAGCGAGCUAUGGAAAUGUCAUCGUCAUCACACUUAACUACAGGAUAGGAGUUUUGGGAUUCCUGAGCACUGGCGAUCAGGCUGCUAAAGGGAAUUAUGGGUUGUUGGAUCAGAUUCAGGCCCUGCGCUGGAUCAGUAAGAAUAUUGGAUAUUUCGGAGGGGAUCCAGGUCGGGUCACCGUGUUCGGAUCCGGAAUUGGAGCAUCCUGUGUCAGUCUACUUACACUGUCUCAUCACUCAGAGGGACUGUUCCACAGAGCGAUUAUUCAGAGUGGAUCUGCGUUGUCCAGUUGGUCAGUGAAUUAUCAGCCAGUGAAAUACACUCGCAUGUUGGCAGAGCGAGUGGGCUGUAAUGUUCUCGACACACAUGACUUGGUGUUGUGUAUGCAAAAACGGAGUUACAGGGAGUUGGUGGAGCAGGACAUCCAGCCUGCACGCUUCCAUGUGGCGUUUGGGCCAGUGAUCGACGGUGACCUCAUUCCUGAUGACCCAGAAGUGCUAAUGGAGCAGGGCGAGUUCCUCAACUAUGACAUCAUGCUCGGUGUCAACCAAGGGGAGGGACUACGCUUCGUAGAGGGAGUGGUUGAACCAGAAGAAGGUGGGGUUUCCGGAUCAGAUUUUGACUUUGCUGUUUCCGACUUUGUAGAUGGUCUCUAUGGUUACCCAGAAGGCAAGGACACGCUGCGCGAGACAAUAAAGUUCAUGUAUACGGACUGGGCGGAUCGUGACAAUCCCGAAACACGGCGCAAAACCCUCGUCGCCAUGUUUACCGAUCACCAGUGGGUAGAGCCUGCCAUGGUCACGGCUGAUUUGCACGCUCGUUACGGUUCUCCGACAUUCUUCUACGCAUUUUAUCACCACUGCCAAAGUCCGAUGAAGCCAGCAUGGGCUGACUCCGCCCAUGGAGAUGAAAUUCCUUAUGUAUUUGGAAUUCCACUUGUGGGACCCACCGAACUAUUCCCUUGCAAUUUUUCACGCAAUGACAUUAUGUUGAGUGCUGUGGUCAUGACGUAUUGGACCAACUUCGCCAAGACUGGAGACCCAAAUAAACCCGUCCCUCAGGACACAAAGUUUAUCCACACAAAAGCAAACCGGUUUGAGGAGGUGUCAUGGUCAAAGUACAGUCCUGAGGAUCAGCUUUACCUGCACAUCGGCCUCAAACCGCGGGUCCGUGAUCAUUACCGUGCCACUAAAGUCGCUUUCUGGAAACACCUGGUUCCUCACCUUUACAACCUAAACGAUAUGUUUCACUACACCUCCACCACCACCACACGAGCCCCACCCCCUCCUGCACAGGCCACACCUACCGGACCACGACCUCCUAGACGCCCUGGCCCACUGGUCAUUGCUAAUCCUCGUGAUUACUCCACAGAGCUCAGCGUCACCAUCGCUGUUGGUGCAUCCCUGCUUUUUCUCAACGUCCUGGCUUUCGCCGCACUCUAUUAUCGCAAAGAUAAACGCAGCCGUCAGGCCACGCCCCCUCCGCGUCAACCGACACCCCCUCGUCACCAGGCUGCACCCGUGUCCUGCGAGAAAGAUGCGAGAUCGUCCCCGAGGGAUUACACUCUCACGCUACGGCGCUCUCCGGACGAUGUCCCACUCAUGUCGCCUGACUCGGUUGCCAUGACACCCAACAGCGUGACCAUGACUCCAGACUCGGUUUCCAUGACACCCAGCUCACUGAUGGGGUUUCCCAGCAUGCACCCCUACAACACCUUUACACAUGGAUACAACAACGCCGGCCUGCCGCACACGCACUCCACAACCAGAGUAUAACAACACACACUAGAACUAGUUCAAAAUCUAUUUCAGCAGCUAAAACACACACACACACACACACACACACACAGGUUUUAUGGUUUAACCAGUUCAAACCACCUAAGGUUCAAACCCACUAGAAAUGGUGAAGAAUAAAACAUAUAAAAUAAGUGAAGAAGCGAGACAGAGGAGUUGCGCAUUCCUGACAUCAGCGUAGAUCAGACGUACAAACACUUUCCUGCAUAACAUGACUUAUUUACGACGUUUUCACACGCAGCGUGGCACAGGGUAUAUACACAAUAUCUUAUGGAAUGUUUUUGUCUACAUUUUAUACAUAUUUACAAUUAUUCUAAUUAAGCUAAGCUACGUUAUCAGUUAUACCUCUCUAGAAACACUUUUUUACCAGUGUUGCUAACAAGGCUAGUUACUGACUUGUCCUGUAGACAUUGUUUUUGGUCUUGCUGAUGCUUAUUAACGUGUCUGUGAGAGUAAGCAGUGGGUAAUGUAAAGAGAGCGCCCCAUGUAGGUUAAUGUGCUGUUAAUACCAUUAUAUAUUUCUGUUCAUGUGCAGUACCUUAUAUUAUAGAAUUAUUCUCAUGAAUCUGGAUUUACACUUUCGUAAAACAUUUUCUUAGCAAAGUUCAUACAAUAUCUAACUAACCUUUAUAUUUACAUUGUUUAGUGUCAAGUGGUCUUCAUCCAAUCCUAGCAUUAACACACCCCUGCAGGUUCUACACACACUUAUACAUACAAACACACUUUUACAAGCUAACACACUGUUUUGAAUGUAAUUGACUAAGAAUUGUAGAACUGUAGCUGCUCCAUUUGGUGUGUGAGGUUCUGAUUGGUUUAGGAUAAGAUUAAAGAUGAGGGGUGGAGUUAGCUCUCAUAGCUUUAAUUAUAAUAUCAUGCAGAUAAUUUUUUAUUCAUUAUUGCAUCAUUUAUGUGCUUUAGGGUACAAGCUGAUUUUUGUAUUUAUUUAAAAUGCAAAACACAUUACACACACACACACACACACACACACACACACACACACACACACACACACACACAGAGGAUUGUGAACCCGCUGCAGUGCCUCGUGUGGCCAGUAGGAGGUCAAAAGCUUCAUUUUAUAGACAAUCAACCCGACAAAAGAAAGAAAAUGUAGAAGUGGAGCUGCAGAGUUCUCCACCCCACUGAGACAACGACAACAACAACAACAACAACAACAAUAAUAAUAAUAAUAAUAAUAAUAAUAAUAAUAAUAUGAAUCAUGUGGGUUAUAGAAGUAAUAAUUGUGUGCAUUAUUAGAUCUAGUGUUUCCUGUUUGUUUUCUCUGAAUAAUUUCACAAAUGUAAACUUUUUUUCAUAUCUCAGUUUCUAAUGCUUUAAAGUGACAGAUGCUUCUGAAUGUUUCGAGUGUGUGUGUGUGUGUGUGUGUGUGUGUGUGUGUGUUAUGCUCAUCCACACUGAAGGUUCAUAGACACUCGUGGUUUCUGAGCUCAGUGAUAUGUGUGUGGUUGUGAGUGAAUCAGUACUAACCCCAGCCCUGUAGUCUACAUUCUAACACAUGGGCUAGUUUUAUAGCAAACAAGCUAACAUAUGAGCCAACAUUACAGAAAUCAUGCUAACAUUAGCGAUGACACUGACUGAAUGUUAAACCAUUCUUAUAAAACACAGUGUCAGGCUAAUCCACGCUAAUCCAGAUACAUGUGGAGACACAUCUUUGUCCCUCCUCACUGAGAUGGAGCCUUGUAGAAUAUCAGAAAUCUCUUCUGAAUGUGUGGAGUGAAAACAGAAGCUGGAGUAUUUUUAGUCGUGUGACUGGUUAAAUUCCAUCGCUCUGUCUGGAGAACGCGUGGUGAUGGUAAGCAUCUGUCAGGAUGAACCUAGAUGAAGCCUAACAUGUAGAAAUGAACAUGUAUUCCUUCAGAAAAGUGGUCCAUGAUGCACUGUGUGUGUGUCUGUGUGUGUGUGUCUGUGUGUGUGUGUGUCUGUGUGUGUGUGUGUGUGUGUGUGUGUGAGAGAGAUAACUCUAAUUCCAAAAUUUCUAGCUUGUGUCUUUCUUAAUGUCUUCAAUAUUCAGAUAAAUUCUCCUUUAUUAUGUUCAUGUUUUAAUCUAAAAUGUUCCUGAUUUGGUUUAUGUAAGAAACGUCCUGUAGCUCCAGAGACAUGAGUGUGAAUGUAAAAUCAUUAUAGGGCUUUAAUAGCUGUGUGUGUGUGUGUGUGUGUGUGUGUGUGUGUGUGUGUGUGUGUGUGUGUGUGUGUGAGAGAGAGAGAGAGAGAACACAACUAAAAGCUGUUUAUAUUUUACAUAGCGCUCGUUCUUCACUUUAUUCUCUCUGCCAGGUCAGAGAGAGUUCAUAUUAAUACAUCGCUCCUCCACUUCCUGACUUCACCCCCACAGAGGGACGUGAUGGACGUGAUGAUGUGGCUGAGCUCUGGCCAUGUCCCUGUGUCAUGUUCUUAUCAGGACGGACUGUGUGGAUAAUUGUGUGAUGAAAUAAAAGUGUGUGUGUGUGUGUGUGUGUGUGUGUGUGUGUGUGUGUGAUCACACUUCACCACUCUGUUGUUUGUUUGGAACAGUUACAUUGUAAUUAGCUACAUGAGCAGUGACAUCAUCAAACCCCACCGCUAGUUAGCCUCAUGGCUAACCGCCACUACUGUUUUUAAGUGACGGACCUGAAUGUUGUGCCAAAUUUCUACAUGACCUUCUCUCAGAACCAGCGGAACGAUUGUCUCUCUGUCUGACUGUAAAUACUCCACACUCUUUUUAGAUAAUGUAUACUCAUUUAUUCUCUCUCUCUCUCUCUCUCUCCCUAUUUAUCCUUUUAUACUCUCUCCAUGCGCCGAUCCUCAGAUUUGCAGUAAAUAUUCAGUUUGCUUACA